CCUUGGUUUGGUGAGCAGUUGGGUAGCAGCGUAGGGUCGUUCCAACAAUACAAAGGGCGUCUUAGUUCUCCUUUGAACCUGGCUUGGUGCGCACGUCUUCCUCCGCGCGGCUCCAAAAAAACGAACGUCAAACGGAUUGUAUAAUAUUUCGAGUGAAUCUUCGAGUCCCCCUAGUGCUUCAAGAUUUUGUGUAUUGUGACAAUUACACGUCAUAAGUCGUUUACCGUCAGUCCCUCAAGGUCUCGGAAGUCGGGGUGCUUACGCAUUAAUCUUUGAAGAGUCUCAGCUGAAGUGGUACGAUGAGUCGUUUAUUCAUCGGUUGCAUUGUGCUACUUAGCGUUCACGAUCAGUUGUCCAUCUCGGCUCUGCCAUCCUUACGAAAUGAAGACUUUGCCGACACGUCCACUGACAGGAAUUCGAACGGUGCGCAGGACGCGUCUACCAGCGUCAAUAAUCCAGAAUCCGGCUGUCCGUGCUUGACAUCGGUCAAUAGCACGGCGAUCCCCGGACAAUCGGUCUGGUUGACGCAGAAGCAGCAGCAUCUCGAGCAAUUCUACAUCCAGAAAGACAUGGUAGCAAACGGCAUAAUGUGCACAUGCAACAUGGGUCUGCGCAGCCAGAUGAGGGACGAUUAUUAUUUCACGCCGAAUGUUGGCGCGCACAAGCUGCACACGAGAGCCGUCACGUGGAACGAAGCGAGGAAGGUCUGUAACGAGGAAGGGGGUCACCUUGCGAUCAUUAAUUCCGUUCACGAGGCGAGCGUAUUACUAGAUAUAUUCAACCGGUCGGGGCCCAUUAAAGGCGCGGUAUAUCCCAAUGAAGCCUUGCUAGGCAUACAUGACCUUUACAAGGAAGGUGAAUGGGUCACGGUGCUGGGAGAUUCACUAGCGAAAACCGGUUAUACCAGGUGGAGCGACAAGUGGGGUGGGCAACCCGACAACGGAGGUGGCACACAACACUGUGGCGCUUUAAUGAAAGAGGGUGGCAUGGACGACGUCUCGUGCGAUGUGCCGUUUCCAUUUCUCUGCGAAUUGUCGGUGCAAGUUCUACACUGAGAACAAAGUCUCCGCGUAUCUCCGCGUCAAGGAUUUACAACUGCAUCGACGACAGAGCGAUGCGAGCCGAUCGAGCGAGUGAUAUUAAUGGUCUCAAAUCACCUACGAAAUAGAGGAGCGCGCGGAAAAUGGGCAAGCGAGGAGGGACAGCGGAU